AUGUCUCCUUUUUGCUGCCUAAGAGGCCCCAAGGCAUGGUAUCAAAAACUCUUUCGCCGGGGGAAAUCCACGCCCAGGAGGAACCCCAAUGAAUUGAAAACUUCAAAUUCCCACCAUGAUGGACGGCUCGCGAGCUAUCUAGCCGAAAUCAAAGACGAUACAUCCUCACUGUCUAGCGCUGAGGAACGUAUGAUAUGGGUCGUUUGGCCGGAGCACGCAGACGAUAGCGAUUCAACAGGACGUGUGUACAGCCAGCUUGUCGCAAUUGCUGGGAGUGAACGUAUCAAGACGACCGCAUUCAGAGGUUGUGGGGUCAUCUGUUGGCAAGUUGAAUUAACCAUGGACCAGCGCACCAGAGCCGCCGAGAUAGCUGAGGUUGCAGUAAUGCACCCGGAUUUCGAAAGCCCAGGAGAACCAUUCUGA